GGCUAUCCAAUGACACUUGUUAGCACCGGCAACUGGCAGAGCUGUAAAAAGUCCACACAAAAAAAAGUGGUGAGUGCUGGAGUGCGCAUGCGCAGAGGCCAACCUCCUGAGCUGGGCACGAUGUCAGAAAUACCUUCAGUCCAUCAUUUACCCUGUUCCGAGCCUGGAGAACAGCCGGAGAACCUUGUUUCUGGAAGAUGACACUUGAGAAAUCAGCGGUGGAUUUAGGUGGACUUCAGUGAAGGUAAAAAGAAAGGGAAAGAAAAAGUGCAGGAAUGCAGAAGGAAAUUGAACUGGAGUAAAGAAAGGAAGAAAAAGGGGGAUUUGGGGAGAAUGCGCGCGGAGUUUGAGCUGGUGGAUUACGCACCAGAAGUACGGGUUGGUUUCGCUCUGUCUCUGGGGGAAGACAUUUGAGAAGCGCGUUUUGGAGGACACACACACACACACACACACACACCGCUUCGCUUCCGCAGCGCAGAAGUGUGCAGCUUGGCAAAGGAUUGAUGCGCAACUUGCCAGAAGUUUUUAACACUGGAUCUUCUUUGUUUGAUGCCUUUAAUAAAACACACCAGCUAUUUAUCAGCUUGAAUAUGCGGCAAUCAUUCAUUCAAACUCGUGCAAACUUGCUGGAAGUCUCAUGACAGCUUUUUCGGACACAGUGGAUACUUGUGGAUGUAUUGGUUUGGAUUUACUGAGUGUGUUUACGGAUCUAGUCCUUAUUAGACUCAUCGACAAAUGACCGACACAUUUGUAAAGCUCUCUCUCUCACCGUCCUUACCCAUCCUUCAUCUAGUUACCAAAUUAUUUUCGCUUCCAUAAACAGCGGCAGCAUGCAAACCGCGGGGUUCCCGAUGGCCCUCGCGGUGCUUUUGACCAUGUUAACGGUGAUGGACGUGAAGGCGAGCGGGGAAUACUGCCACGGCUGGAGGGAUCCGCAGGGCGCAUGGAGAGACGGUUUCCAGUGUCCUGAGCGCUACGACGCCGCCGAGGCGAUCAUCUGCUGCGGCAAGUGCGAGCUGCGUUACUGCUGCUCCAGCACAGAGGCCAGGCUCGACCAGGGCACCUGUGACAACGACAAGCGGGGCAGAGAGGAGCCGGGUGCUGGCCACGAGGACGGCAACAACUCCGGGGCAGUGCCCAUCUAUGUGCCUUUCCUGAUUGUGGGGUCGGUCUUCGUGGCGUUCGUCUUGCUCGGCUCGGUGGUUGCUGUGUGCUGUUGUCGUUGCCUCCGACCCAAACAAGAACCUACCUCCGGGGGUGGGCGUCUCCUGGAGUCCAUCCCCAUGAUGACCUCAAGGGGAUCCUCCUCCCGUCAGUCGAGCACAGCCACCUCGUCCAGCUCUUCAGCCCCGCCCAGCGCCACUCGUCCUAUCCCUGGUCCUGCUCCCGCCCCCAUUUUGCGCGCCCAGGCAUCGUGCUGCCUGCCGCCAGAUGCCAGUGUCUACGUCAACAUGCCCACCAACUUCUCUGUGUUAAACUGCCAGCAGGCAACGCAGAUCAUGCCUCACCAGGGUCAGUUCCUGCAUCCUCAGUACAUCGGUUACGCCCACCCAGUCUCACCCACCCCGGCCUUCCUGGACCCUACGCAGGGUGCCUACAGGGCCCUGCAGUCUCCAUAUCCUCCACCUACGAGUGUGACGAGCAUGACAAGUGUGAGUGGAGAGCAGAAGCAGCCGUCUGUGACUAUAUGAGAGGCUCCUUGUAUGUGUGUGUUACACAGAGGAGCAAAAGUCAUGAGGACCCUGAAUCCCGGGUCAGUUCAGGGCCAGGCGCAGUGUUGUGUGUGUGUCAUGUGCACUGCAGACAGUGAGUGUGCUGUUUAUGUUGAGAAGACCGCCAUCCACUCGGCACGCUCCUAUCAUUAGCACACAUCAUGGAGGAAGUGGACACUGUGCAAAUGCUGUCUCCUUAGGGUGCCUGACCCAUUUCCUAAAAUGUUUUUACUCCAGAAAUCUCCACCUAAGGUGGUUCAACAGCCCCCCCCCCACACCCCCCCACCCCCACCCCUCCUGUGGCGCCUACUCCCCAGAAGAAAGUGUCCCGUCUAAACCCGGACAUGCCUUCAUUUUUAAUGAUUUUUAAUUUGUCAAAAAUGUUUCUGUUUUUUUUAAUCAUUGAAGGUAUUUUGUUUCUGCAGAGAACAUCUGAUUAAUCCUAAUAUAAUGUAUUAUUUUUUGGUUUGAGAAUUUAAAUAAAAAAAAUCAACCCCUAAGUUGUAACAUCUC